AUGAUAAUCACCUUUGUGCAGCAGAAACACCUUAGUCAGUAUGUGACCGAGGACGUUGAUUCCGAAAGUGAGAUCGGUGUCCUCGGUUUGACAUUCUCUGGUUUGGGUGUUUCUGUUAUUAUCAGGGGCGUCUAUCCCACCUGCAUAUUUGAGGCAUUUUGUACCACCUCGAAGGUUCAAUCACUCAGUGUACCACCUGAAAGAUUAAUUUCUACAGCAAAAAAGCGUACCACAUUACGUUUAUUUGAGGCAUUGCGCCUCAACCGUCCCACAGGAGAAAGUACAUUAAUCCCGUUUUGUAUGAGAUUAAUUGAACCAGACAAGGAUGAUGAUAAUAAUAGGACGAUUGAUAGUGGUACACCAUUCACAUUCGAACGAUUAAAACAACUCAAUGUAACAAGUAAGGAUUUAUUACAAUGGUCAGCUUCCUUAGAUAUUAUAGAAAAGUAUCAGAUUUAUCUUGUUGAAUCAUCAUCGUCAUCGAAUCCAACAAGUCUUCAAAUAUAUCGUAAUUGUACACAACCGUGGUUCGGCAAAUUGUGUGAAUACAUAUUUGAUUCACGAUUUAAGUCAUUUUCGUCAUUCAAUGAUAUAGUUGAUUUGAUUUAUCGAAUGAAAUUAUCUCCAGAACUGGGCCCACAGCGUGUUUUAGAAAUUCUUCAGGUAACCAAUGGAACUUCCUAUACAGGUUUACAAUGUGAUCGUACAAUUCAGUCAUCAUUAGGCCUUGAGUGGAGAGACAUAUGUGAUGGCAAGUGA